AUAAUUAUCAUUUAAUUAGAUGAAAAUUCAAAUCUCUACAACCCAGUGAUAAUUAACAAUUCACCAGAGCCUAUAAUUCCCGGUCAAACAUUAAAAUUGAAAUGCUCUGUCAAUACUCCUCACGGCCAUUUGUAUUUAUUACGCUGGAAAAUUCCUAAGCAGAGUAACAGAGUAUCUUACAACUACUUCGAAACACAAAAUGAUGAACAUUCUUUUACAUAUACCAGAGAAUUAAUUAUCUCAGGAGUAACUAAUGAAGAUGAAGGAAUCUAUGAGUGCGAAUAUGUCGCUCCACAGUUGAAAAAACAAAAUUCAUCUAAGAUAAACAUAACCAUCGAUAAUAAAUCUUUAGCAGAUCACAAUGAAAUUGAUGCCAGUUUCGAUUAUCCUCAAAUUGAUAUUCGUAUGGGUAACUCAGAGAAAGUAGGUCAUGCAGAAAUCU